AUGGCUACCCCGGAUAUCACCCUCUACACGGCCCAGACGCCCAAUGGGAUUAAGAUCUCGAUUGCGUUGGAGGAAUUGGGCCUCCCGUACAAAGUCGAGAGAAUUGAUAUUAGCAAGAAUGUUCAGAAGGAGGACUGGUUCCUCGCCAUCAACCCCAACGGCCGCAUCCCCGCCAUAACCGAUACCUUCUCGGACGGGAAACAAAUCGCGCUGUUCGAAUCCGGCAGCAUCCUCACCUACCUCGCGGAACGAUACGACCCGACGCACAAGAUCUCCUACCCGGCGGGAACCCGCGAAGCCUACGACGUCAACAGCUGGCUGUACUUCCAGAACGCGGGCGUCGGGCCCAUGCAAGGCCAAGCGAACCACUUCUCGCGCUACGCGCCCGAACGCAUCGAGUACGGCGUCAAGCGCUACGUCAACGAGACCCGCCGGCUGUACGGCGUGCUGGACGCCCAUCUCGCCAAGUCGCAGUCCGGCUAUCUCGUUGGCGAUCAUGUCAGUAUCGCCGAUAUCUCGCAUUGGGGGUGGGUGGCCGCCGCCGGGUGGGCCGGCGUCGAUAUCGACGAGUUUCCGAAUCUGAAGGCCUGGGAGGAGCGAAUGGCGGCGAGGGAGGGCGUCGAGAAGGGGAGACAUGUGCCCACGCCUGAUACGAUGAAGGAGUUGAUCAAGGAUAAGAAGGCCGCGGAGGAGGCUGCGGAGAAGGCGAGGGCUUGGAUUCAGGAGGGGAUGAAGGCGGAUGCGAAGCAUUAGAUUAGGUUGGAUUGUUUCUGUCUGUCUGUCUGUCUGUGUCUUGUAAAUAGUUAGUAUGUGAUGUGAUGGCAAGGUGACGGCCAAGUGACGUGGUGACUGUCAAGUGUCAGGAAUUGUCUUCUGAAAAUCAUACAAUAAUAUCAUGUUG